GGGAUCAAACAAGGUAUAAAAAUACCAAAUUACCCUCUUUCUCUUUUCUCUUUUUUUUUAUUCACAUUACAUAAGCAUAAGAAUCAUCGUUGUUGUUUCUACUUUGCGUGUUUCUUCGUCUCUGUGUUCUCUGCCACAACACAGACACAACAAAACAACAUUAACAGAGAAAACGGUAAUGGCGAACACUAACUUGGAAGAUGUUCCUUCUGUCGAUCUCAUGACCGAACUACUUCGUCGUCUCAAGUGUUCCUCCAAACCUGACAAGCGUCUUAUUCUCGUUGGCCCACCUGGAUCUGGAAAAGGCACUCAGUCGCCAAUCAUAAAGGAUGAGUACUGCUUAUGCCACUUGGCCACUGGUGAUAUGUUGAGAGCAGCUGUAGCAGCAAAAACUCCUCUCGGUAUUAAGGCGAAAGAAGCUAUGGAGAAGGGAGAACUUGUUUCUGAUGACUUGGUUGUUGGCAUUAUUGAUGAAGCAAUGAAGAAACCAUCAUGUCAGAAAGGUUUCAUUCUUGAUGGCUUUCCAAGAACUGUGGUUCAAGCACAGAAGCUUGACGAGAUGCUGGAAAAACAGGGUGCUAAAAUUGACAAAGUGCUCAAUUUUGCGAUUGAUGAUGCAAUCCUUGAGGAGCGAAUUACUGGACGCUGGAUACACCCAUCCAGUGGCAGAACCUACCAUACAAAGUUUGCUCCUCCCAAGGUUCCUGGAGUUGAUGAUGUUUCUGGUGAACCCCUUAUCCAGCGCAAGGAUGACACUGCAACUGUUCUUAAGUCAAGACUGGAGGCAUUUCACAGGCAAACUGAACCGGUUAUUGAUUACUAUUCAAAGAAGGGCAUUGUGGCUAGUCUCCAUGCUGAAAAACCUCCCAAAGAGGUGACAUCUGAGGUUGAGAAAGUGCUGUCUCAAUAGAGUUCCUUCCGAACCUUGGGCUCAAACUGCUGUUGAAUUUUUUAGGAAACUUAGUUUGCCAAUUUCUAUUUUGAUACAUUCUGAAGUCUACAUACCCUUUCAAAUUCGCUGCGGAUGCCGGUUUUUCUCAAACUAAGAUUUGGAGAGUUAAUUUGAUGAAAAUAAAAAGUAAAUUGAAUGUGGCAUUUUACUUCUAAA